CUCUAAUUCUCUUUCCUUAAGUCCUCGUAGAUUUGUUCUGGUGGAAGGGAAAAAUAAAACGCCAUGAUGUUUCCUAUGCGACGCUUUACCUGGAGGCGCUUUCUUCUCUUUGGAUCUGCAUUUGUAUUCUUCUGGAUAUUUGUGUUCAGUCUUACACCACUGACAGCGCCGCUACCUCCGUACACUGGACAAUUUGAGGUCGGCAUUCUGGACCUUGAGGUAGAAGUGGAGAAAAGAGUUAUCAAUGAGGCGAUAUUGAAGGAGACGGGCGAGAAAGCUUUCGAGCUAUCGACCCUCGCAGUAACACUGUACUAUCCAACCAACAAACCUCUUGAUCCAAACAAGCCGGAACCCUGGGCACGACCAUGGCUCCCUCAGCCAAUCUCUUUGAUAGGCACCGGCUACGCUCGCCUUGCUGGCAUCCGUUUCCCGCCAUUCCAAUGGGUCUUCACCUUCCUGCUAUGGGCACUAGGAUCUCGAACCGUAAUUCCAGGCGUCGUGGACGCCCCCUUACUCUCACGGCCUGAAAAGCCCCUCAUCGAUGUCAGCGAUAGUUACUCCAACGAGGCAGGACGCCUCGCUAAUUUCGACGACGACCGAGAAGAGGAGCAUAUCGAGCUCAGAGACGAAGCGAAGGGCUCGCUUCCAUGUGUCGUCUUCACCCACGGCAUGGCCGGCAUGUCGCAGAGCUACUCGCACUACCUAGGUUCGAUAGCGAGCCACGGCGCGGUCGUCGCAGCAGUCGAACACCGUGAUGGCAGUGGUCCAGGAUCCAUUGUGCAUUACCCAGACGGCCGCGAGAAGAAGGUCUGGCACAUGACGCACAACGACUUCGAACCAUCCUCAAACAUGACCCCCCGCGCCCUUCAAAUCGCCCAACUCGCCUUCCGCGAAGCCGAAAUGCACGAAACCGUCCUCCUCCUCCAGCACCUCAACUCCCCCACCACCCCCCUCCACAACCUCAAACCCUCCUCCCCUGAAUCCUCCUCCCUCCCCACCUUCCAAUCCCGCCUCAACCUAACCUCCACAACCGUAAUCGGGCACUCCUACGGCGCAACCGGCGCGCUCCAAGCCCUCAAGCCCCCCAACCCCUUCAUCGCCGGGGGCAUCGCCCUCGACCCAGGAAAGUCCUCCGGCCCCUUAAACCACGACAUCACCUCGCCCAACCUCAUCCUGCACUCAGGCGAGUGGACGGAAAAGCAAACGGCAUUCUACGACCAAGGCCCGCACUUCGGCGUCGUGCGUGACCUCGCGCGCGAGGUCGGGAAAGUCGCGCCCGCGUGGUUCAUGACGCUCAGGGGUACCGCGCACCCGAGCGUCACGGACGCGCCGCUCAUUGUGCCGUGGGUUAUGCGGCUUGUGACGGGGACGCGGGAGGAUGCGAGGACGGCGUUGGCGGAGUAUGUGGAUGUUAGUGUUGCGUUUUUGAGGCGGGUGGGGCAGGGGAGGUGGGAGGGCGGUGGUGGUGAGGAUGUGUUGGGGGAGGAGGCGGGGAGUCCUGAGGGGCCGCUUGGGAAGGGGGAGGAUAGGGGGACGGUUAGGGGGAGGAGGGGUGGGGUGUGGGAGGUUCAUGUUGCGCCGUCUAGUGAGGGAAGUGGUUGA